UCAAACCGCUCCUCAUUCUCCGAGAGGACGAGACAACAACUGGUGGCUGGAGCAACAUGGUGCCGUCACUUCUCACAACAGCCGGAGCUCUUCUGCUACUCGUCUCCUUCUCUUCUGCACAACUCAGAGGAGACGCCGCCCCAUCGUGCACCCAAAAUGACGGCUUUGGGAUAUACUGUCCCACCACAUGCGGCGUGGCUGACUACUUGAUAAGGUACAUGCCAGCGGUCGACAGGGAAUUAGACAAUUUGCAAAGGGAGCUGGAUACAAUCGCCAAUCUGACCCAGGGUGCCGAUGAAAAAAUCGUCAUCAUGAAAGAUUCGACUUCUACAGUUCAAAAGAGUGGCCUACAAGACACUUACUUCAGGAAGUCGUCGAGCAUGCUGGACGAUGUGGCUCGCUUUGAAAGCACCAUCAUCACACAAGAGCAGCAAAUAAAUGAACUUCAGAACCUGAUCUCCUCUAACGAGAGGAGAAUGGCGGACCUGAAGCAGCUCUCCAUUCAGCUGCAGCAGAAAUGCACCGAGCCCUGCACUGACACGGUUGACAUCCAAACCAUCACAGGAUAUGAUUGCCAGGACGUUGCAAACAAGGGUGCGACCGUCAGCGGUCUUUACUACGUGAAGCCGCAGACAGCCACUGAGCAGUUCCUGGUCUAUUGUGAGAUUGACAGCUUCGGACGCGGCUUCACAGUCAUUCAGAGGAGACGUGACGGCAGCGUGGACUUCCUCAAGGACUGGAUCCAGUACAAGCAGGGCUUCGGUUACCUCUCCCCAGACGACACCACCGAGUUCUGGCUCGGCAACGAGAAGAUCCACCUGCUGACCGUCGGCUCCACCAUCCCCACUGUGCUGAGGAUAGAGCUUGUUGACUGGGAGGGCAACACAAAGCAUGCAGACUACACCAUGUUCAAAGUGGGGACAGAGGCCGACAAUUAUCGUCUGACCUACGGUUACUACUUUGGCGGUGACGGCGAGGCUUUCGAUGGCUUCGACUUUGGAGAGGACCCCAGCGACAAGUUCUACACGGCACACGGCAUGCAGUUCAGCACCAUCGACAAGGACAACGACAAGUUCGACGGCAGCUGUGCUCGACAGGACGGCUCCGGCUGGUGGAUGAACAGAUGCCAUGCCGCACAUUUGAACGGCAAAUACUACCAGGGCGGCAGAUACACAGAAAAGGAUGCAGGUGAAUUUGGCUUCGACAACGGCAUCAUCUGGGUGACAUGGCACAGCCGCUGGUACUCCCUGAAAGAGACGACCAUGAAGCUCAUUCCCCUGAGCCGCAUCGCAGCAGGCGGCGGACAGCAGGCGGGUGUGAAACAGUUUGGCGGACUUUGAAUUUAAUAAAAACACACACACACGUGUUUGUGGUCCGUACUCUGUAUGUUCAGCAUAACAACCCUGAAAUCACCCCAGAUGAAAUAAAAUACUUCCAUGGGGAAAUUUCAGACUCCAUGGUGUUUCUCCAUGUGAUGUUUGCGUGUUGUGGUGAUCUGACGCAGCCGGACACUGAUGCUCAAACUCUCCUUUCUUUACGUCAGUGUUGUAUUAGAGCUUGAAAUAAAUGUCUUUUCUUUACCAA